AUGGGGUUUUCUUGGUCUUGGCAGGGUUUGGGUCUUGGUCAGGGUCUUGGUCAGGGUCUUGGUCUGGGUCAGGGUCUUGGUCAGGGUCUUGGUCAGGGGUCAGGGUCUUGGUCAGGGUCAGGGUCAGGGUCAGGGUCUUGGUCAGGGUCAGGGUCUGGGUCA